GCUUAGAUCCGCGGAAGAGUUUUCGCUUUGCCCAUGGUAAACCAGACGAAAAGCAAGUGCCAGCUGCGCCUCGAGGCCCGCUCUCGCGCCAGUUGCGCCCCCGCCGACGUCACUACUGACCCGCAACUACUGGCGGCCGAGUUGCAGUCGCGCAUCGCCCGCGCCAAUGAGAUCCGCGCCAUUCACACGCGGCAACUGGCAGCUCGAGCGCGUGCCCGCGUGCAACACGCCCAGGAAGUGGCCAGGGGGAUGCGCGUCAAGCGACAUGAAGAGACUAGGCGUUCCCGACAAUCGUCCGUCUCGAAGCUCGACGAAGCGGCUCGUCGGCGCCAUGAGCAACUGGAGCAACUGCAACUUCAGUGCAAGCAACGUGCCGAUCUGAUAAUGGAGAAAGUGGAGCUGGUGCGUGCCGACCAAAACGACAAGGCGGAUAGGGCACGCCGCACACUCGCAGGGCAACUCGAUGAUGCCGCUCGGCGUCGCGAGGAGCAAACGCAACAACUCGUUCGCCGCCUCAACGAGCGCUGGCAAAGCGUGGAAAGUGUCAAAGACCGAGUGGCACGGGUGAAAUUCAUCCAGCGAUGGUUCCGUCGCCACGUGGCAAACCGCAAAACUGCCAAAGCGUUGCGCCAAGUGCAACAAGAUGUGAAAAAGGUGGUGGACUGCUGGAAACAGAUGAAGAGCGCGAGCUUUGAGCAGUGCAUGGGUCUCUUGCAGCAGCGACCUGUAGUUCAGGCUGCACAGCGACUACUGAAGAGAACGGCAACUUCAAGUGCAACUUCUUCACCUCGCAAUGGAGCCAUGAGUUUCCGUGUGUUGAUGAUGGCAGGCAUGAUCUCGUGCCACCCGAACGAGAUCAUGGGCCAAAACCCGUCCAAGAGACUGCACUACGCAGCCAGUGUGAUUCUCCUCGACAUGGAGAAUUUGUGUCUGUGUCUGGCAACAUCCAGCGAUUGCCAGAGGACGCAGGAGUUGACAAAGUGCGUGUCGAGACUCUCGGCCAGAUUUGCCUUUUACACUGAGGCUUUUGCACGCUGGAAAGCGCGAGAUGCGGAGCGGUUGGCAGCUGAACUGUUGACGUCGUACCGCGAGUUAAUGUUGGUGCACAAAAAGUACGAGCUUCAAGCCCAAGAAGCGCAGCACGGAGUGGAUGGAGUGCACGAGUUGCUUCGGCAAACUCACGGCCAGUUGAUGCAAAUGCAGAGAGCGCUCGAGCGCUUACUCGGUCGAGAAGGUGCUAAGCAAAAGGUCGAAGAACUUGGGCAGAGCUUGAAGCAAGAAUCAGACACUGGGAAUGCAGCAGUGGGUGGUGGCAACUCGAGUGCAAACUCGGGCGGCAACAACGCAUCCCCCUCUGAUAACGGCACAGCAACUUCAACGUCGUUAGGCACAAGUGGUGAAGGUGAUAAAGAAAAAAAAGAUGACGACGAUGAAAUGAUGGGAGAGGACAAAGACAAGUCCUCUAGCCCACCUCCCUCGAUUAAUUUGUCGCUACUUGCCGACCGCAACUUAGUGCACGAGUUGAUUCUCAACCCUCAGUUCCAGAUCCCACGAGACAAAGAUGUGGAGGCUUCGGCUGCUGCUGUGGCAUCGCAACAGUCCGUGGCAGCAAUGGCUGUGCGUGUGCGUGAAGCCAUGACCAAAGCCUUCUGGGACCGCGUGAUUGAGGCGAAUGACAUCGAGACGCUGCUGGCUCGCACUGAAGAGCUGCGAUCCACCUUCCGAGACGCGCUGGGAGGAGGUAACAGCAGUGGUUUAGGCCCUGGACUGUCAGCAUUGGCCGACCAAGUAGAUAGCGCGCUUCGUCCUGAUCAACUGCGAGAACUUAUGCAAGAUCCAGCACGAAAUGUCCACAUCAUUCAAGCACGCUGCAACGGAGUUCUGGAGGUUAUUGAGCGAGCUGAGGCGCCUGCUCGAGCUGCAAGUACACAAGAGUUCCGAUCAGACUGGGCACAACGUAUAGCAGCGGGCGUCAUGACGCCUGUGCAGCUUCUGGUGGCGUUCUUGGCCUUCGCGCUGGAUAAAGUCGAUGAACUCCGUAGUGACGUGUUGAACGCGCAUCUUGGACUUCUAGGCGCUUAUCUGCAACGACACGGCGUGGAAUACGAACAGAAACAGCUUCAAACUCGUCUCUCCGACGCUGGAAGUGUAGAUGCAGCGUAUCCGAUGACAGUAAAGUGGCUGGCUCUGGAGAUGGAAGCGUAUCUCAAGAGACCGGACGUCGAUGAGGCUGAGCGUGCUAGACUGACGCAGUAUGACGGAGCUGCGUUCGAACGUUUUGUGCGCGCGAGUAUCUUUGCAUUAGUGGAGAGACAUAUCGAUGGCUCCGCGUCACGUGCCUGGCCUGAAACAUUCGAGCUGGAUGUUGCUCGAGUCCGCGCGUGUCGUGAUGCUCUCGACCGUAUCGCUGUAGUGUCAAGUCUGCUGGCUCUGGUUCAGGAGUAUGUUGCUCGUCGCAGUCUGGCUGCUCCUAUCGGAUUCUUUCACAAUGUUGCGCAACAAUUAAGCACCCUGCUGCAAUCUCCUGGUGUUUCAGGUGCGCAACUCGCAGCACAGGCAACUUCUGACGUUCGUCAGUUGGAAACCUCGGGAGGUGAAGAGGAACUGCAAUUGCUGGAGAAUCGACUGCUGGCUUCUUUUGCCGCUGACAACCCUGUGUUUAAGCUCUUCUUUUCACGUGCAGCACGUGCGCUCGAGUCUGCGGUAACGGCAAGUGAUAAUGUGGAUGGGUUGCACCCAUCACUUGCGCCUUUUGCCGCUGAUAUCACAGAAGCCACUUCGAUGUUGCGACGUCUUGCUCAGCACAACGAGAGCGUCAACGCGUCACUAUACAACGACAUCAUUAAGCGUCUGGCUCAGUCUCUGUAAGACAAGUUUUGCUUGUGCUGUAAGGUUAGUUGAUCCACUUGUUGCAAGAGAAAAUAAUGUGCUGUUGCCUUUUUCCUAACAACGGACGAAGUGGACACAGUUCGAUUUUGUUGUAAGGAUUAUUGGCCUAAUUGUUGCAAGAAAAA